CGAACUGUCAAGGGAAGGGAGAGGAUUCACAUUCGGAGGAAGAGUUGAAGAAAAUUAUAUAAAUCAAAUCAAAUCUUGGAAAGAAGAAAGUAUUUUAAAUUCAAAGCUCCAAUACAAGGAAAAGCAGCAGCUGGUCUUCCUCCCUUUCUUCCAUUCAAGGCAGGACACAGAUUUUGAUUUUCGGCCAUCUUAGAAUCAUCCGUUUUCCUGGUGAAAUCUGAGAAUUAACAACAGACUCAUUUACAUCACCUGAAACGGCACUUGGUUCAGUAUUUGAUGAUUGUCUCAACCUUCUACUUCAGGAUCUUUCGCUGAACAUUAACGGUAUCUAAAGCGAGGUCGCUGAGGAUGGCUGAUGGAAUAUCGAGUUUCUGGGGUCCUGUCACAUCUACAAUGGAGUGUUGCGAGAAAAAUUAUGCUUAUUCUACUUAUGUUGCAGAGUUUUUUAACACAAUAUCAAAUAUACCAACCAUUCUAUUGGCUCUGAUCGGUCUUUCAAAUGCGCUGAAACAACGGUUCGAGAAGAGAUUUAGUGUACUUCAUAUAUCGAAUAUGAUAUUGGCCAUCGGUAGUAUGUUCUACCAUGCCACAUUGCAAAAACUGCAACAGCAAGGUGAUGAAACACCAAUGAUCUGGGAGAUGCUUCUUUACAUGUACAUUCUCUAUUCACCCGAUUGGCAUUACCGAAGUACAAUGCCAACAUUCCUCUUCCUCUAUGGAGCCAUUUUUGCCGUGGCUCACUCGAUUCUUCGUUAUGGAAUUGGUUUCAAGGUGCAUUAUGUGAUUCUGUGUCUCCUCUGCAUACCUCGGAUGUACAAGUACUAUAUAUACACAGAAGACGCCUCUGCUAAGCGGCUCGCGAGGCUGUACUUGUUGACUCUUUUCUUAGGCAUUCUCUGUUGGGUUAUCGAUCGGGGUUUCUGCGAGAAGAUAUCGCAUUGGAUGAUCAACCCUCAGGGCCAUGCCUUGUGGCAUGUUUUCAUGGGGUUGGGUUCAUACUUUGCAAACACAUUCCUAAUGUUUUGCCGAGCGCAGCAAAGAGGAUGGGCCCCUAAAGUUUUACAUUUGAUGGGGAUUCUCCCUUAUGUGAAGAUUGAGAAACCGAAAACCCAGUAAGAAGACACGAAUGUGAAGAGAAGACAGACAAUUUUUGACCUGUGUUGAGUGUUUCCCUGGAUACAGAGAGGAAAAAAAAUGCAAUCUUUCGGGCAAGGUUAUUUCUUUUCCUUUUUUUUUCACCAUAUGGAAUGAAUAGAUAGAUUUUUGUAGUACAAAUAACAGCAGUUAUGUAUUUUUGUUGAUUUCAUCAGGGCUUGAUUCUUCAGAAUUUAUUGUUACAUACAAUAACUUAGCAUUUAACUCUUUCACAGAACCGAAGCAUGUUCAUCGUUUUUACUGCCUGUGGUUUUUACCUUCUUUAGGCCAAUUGUUGACUUUUGUACAACAGAAUGCUGCUUUUAAUGUUUUCAUUACUCUAUUAUCAUUUGUUUUAUACAUAUUUUCGUGCUUUCAGUAA